AUGACAUCCAUAGAAUCCAAGAUCCAGGCUGCGGCGGCCGAAAAUGCCGCCCUCCUACAAACACUCAGGGAAACCGACCACGCCGCGCCCGACCUGGACAACCAGAACAAGUUCAUUGCCGACCUGGAAAGGCAGAUACUGGAGUCUUCGCGGGUGAUUUCCGAGCUGGACAAGAAGCGCAACAAGGAGCUCAAGGACCACGAAAAGUACCGCGAUUCGGUUAUGCGCCGCUUCGCGUACAAGGCGACUGGGAAGCGGGAAAAGUUUACGCAGAGGGCCGAUAAGGAGGAGAAGGAAUACUUCGAGGUGUUGCAGCAGUGUCAUCGCGAGGCAGAGACCAGGAAGGGCCUUGAGCAGAUGUUGAGGGACGCUCACGACGUCAAAGCUCAGCUCGAGACGGCCUCGCGUCGUCACCGCCAGGCGCAGGUGGAUCUUGAUGGGCUGUACAGUUCAAUCUUUGAGGGUCCGACGCCCUCGUUUCCAGAGGAGGAUCGAAUUGAAGAGGUUGCAAGGGAGGCGCGGGACAAUUAUCACCAAGCGCGCGUUCGAUUCGAGGGCGAGCUGCGGGCAUUACAGCUUCUGGAGCAAGCGUGGAAGAGCAUGGCUCUGAGCGUCAGGAUGAUGCAGGAAGCCGUGUCGGCGUCGCAUUGGGAUAUGUUUGGCGGCGGCAGCAUGGCAGAUGCAAUGGAGCGGUCGGCGUUGCACAAGGCGGAUAUAGCAGUACGGGAUGCGAAAAUGCUGGCAGUGCAGGCGCAGAAGCAAAGCCCUUCUGUGAACUUGGACUCCAUACCAAACGUGCAGAUGGCGCAAGGGAACAUUAUGAGUGAUGUCUUCUUUGACAAUAUCUUCACCGACAUGGCCUUCCACGACAAGAUCCGACAGAGCCAGCAGCAGGUGCAUCGCUGUCUCGACGCACACGCGAAGCUGAUGAGAGAGUCAAAGGAGAGGUACGACCGGUUGAAGGCCGAAGUGAAGGAAAGAGAAGUUAUGUUAGACUCGGCGAGAUCAGCGCUGCAGGAGGCCAGGGCAGACGUAUUCAGACGGGUUGGCGGUGGUGUUGGCGAGACACAGGUGUGCAAGGUCUGA